UGUGUGAGGUUUUCAACCCGAGAGAACGCCUUUUGCACUCUUGAAGAACGGGCGAUGGCGGAUUCUCGACUGCCUUCGCCGGCAUACCCGGCGACUCAGUACUCCUGUGUUGGCGGGCCGUAUUCGCCAACGCAUCAAGGCUAUGUGGUGAAUGGCCAGACUCCUACCGCUACAACGGAGAGUACUGUCAUUCACCGCAUUUCUUCGUCAUCAGACCGUGUAUUAACUCUUCCGGCCCCUUUCCCGAGUCAUAUGAUAGCUGUAACGCAUCCAACGGGAGAAACCUUGGGGAGUGGAUCUGAGCUGGGGUACCAUGCUCCUCCUUCUCGAUAUUCGCCAACUCGGUCUGCGUAUGCCUCAGGAGUCCACUACACUAGCCAAGGCACUUCCGCAACUUUCCUCGGAGGAGGACCCUCACAGACACCAUCUGCCACGCACAACGCACAUUCUGCGGAGGAGCGCGCUGAUGCAGGAGGGCCGCAGAGUUCAUCUCCUGGCCGAUCGUACUACUUCGAAACUUUUUCGUCCGACGCUCCUCAGGUACACCUGCCCCAAGCGUCGGCUUCUCGGUCACGAUACACACGGGGAACGGUGGCGUCGACGAGCAUUCGGCAACCAGCUGAAUAUUCAAACCUUCGUAGCUCGGAAAACAACUCGGCGCUGACGCCAUACCUACAAGCGCAUGCAGAUUCUUCUCCACAUUCGUCGAAUUCGCACGCCAUGCACUCUCUAAAUCAGUCUCACGCCGCAGGCAGAGGCCCUCCUCGCGCUGGCGGUGGAGAACAGGAAUGGAAUGGACCACAUAACGCGAGCUCCUACAAUUCUGGUCCUGAAGCGGGGUUUCACACGGAUCGACGCGAAACUAUACUACAAAAUUCAGCAGCCGAACACAGGACUGGGAUUAACAAACAGGAACAUGAAGUCCUCGGUGGACAUCGGCAGUCUGCUGCUCUCCUUCCGGUUUUCGUGAAAGAUGGCGAGAUGAUCGACCACGGGAAGCGGUUCGGAGGCGAACAGCCGGAGGUGUCUAGACAUUGUAAUCAGCGCGGUAGUCAUUCCAUCUCCUUUUGGUCCGACGACGAGGACGAGACGAAUGGUUUCUCCCGACUCAAGCAUCGGGAGCCGACAGAUCUAGAGGGUUGGCGGGAGCUCGCACGUCAAAUUGGGGUCGAGAACAAGAUGCUUCGAGGUCGAAUUAAAAAUUAUGAGAAGCAAAUUUUCACUCUUCAGCAGCAGGUGGACAGAGAAACGGCCCGCGCCGACGCGCAGACAAAAAAUCAAAUGACCAUGGAGGCUGACGUCAGAACAACGAGAGAAGAACUGCUUCGGCUAAGGCACACCCUUAGGAUGAACCAGAGAGGAGCUGAGUUGACUCGGGGAGCGGUGAUUGGCGGAGGCGCGGCAGACUGCAGUCGCGAGGUGUUUUUACUGAGAGAGGCCCUGGCAGAAGCAGCAGAGUAUCAUAUGCAACUACUUCAGCAAAAUGACACACUCCGCGUCCACGUGGAAUGGCUCCGCCGUAAUGAAGCCCAUGAGGGGCCUUCGGGUUGUAAGAAUGCGGACAAGGCGCGCUUGGACGCCCAGCUGGAGGGCCACGAACGACGUGAACUGAAGCAGUUACGAGAUCUGUUCAGCAGACUCCAGAGUGCGGCGGACGAAAGCGCAGGAUACCCCGAUGCAAUGAGUCUCGAGACGUUCAUUGGACAGCAGGAAGGUGGAGGUGCAGCUGACCGAUUUCCGCGUAUCAAUCCGUCUGCAGGUCGGAGGCACACAGGCAGUAUCUCGGGCAGUGUGUCUGGGCACGGUACCAACGUCGACUCUAAUAACCGUAUUUUUGUGGAGCGAUCCACAAGUGGGGAGACGGCUCAACUGGGAACCGUACUGAUGGCAAACCGUGGUGCCUACGAAGAAAACUGUGAUGCGCGGUUACCUUCCGGAACGCUCACAGGUUCGCUCAAACAGGACGUAGAAGGUACAAAAGCCGGUGCGCUUCCCCGUAGAAUGCCGAGUGACGGAGACCGUGACGCCCAGGAUUCAGACAGAUGGGGAGAUGAUACCAAGGGACCCAUAAAACGGCUCGAACAGAGAAUCAGAGAGUACCAAAGUAAGGCUCCAGGAGCAACAGCCACAGCUGGAGAGGCCUCGCCUAGGCACUUCGUUACAGGUCGUCGUGAUAGAGGUGUCUCAGACAAGUAA